AAUGCGGUUGGAUAGCAGAUGGAAACGAUCCGUUUCACUGUGGGAAGUAAAGACUUGAUCUUUUUCUUUGGGAAAGGGAACGAAUAGCAUAAAUGUAGUUACAAGGGGCGAAGGGGUUUCAUCCUUGUCACUCCAUCUGUCUGCGGUUAGUUACAAUCUUUAGUCCCCAAAAUGGCACGUGGAUACCCCCUUACCAUCUCUCCCGGGAGGGGACACGCCCUCCUGCCACAAACCCAAUACAAAGAGAGGGCCAGGGGGUAGUUUGAUAAGAGGGGUGAGCACUGAGCAGAAAGCACCAUGAGUGGAGAAAGCACGAGAGGCUGAGAGGGAGGGAUUCACUUUCACUCCUCUGCAUAGUGUUUUGCUCCAACUACUUAGGACUGGACUGGACUGGACUGACCUGACCGGACUGAGAAGAAAUGGAAAGAGGGGCAUCAUCCAUGGAUUUGCCCAUUAUGCAUGACAAUGAUAGGUAUGAACUUGUCAAGGACAUUGGGUCUGGCAACUUUGGUGUGGCCAGGCUCAUGCAAGACAAGCACACCAAACAACUUGUUGCUGUCAAGUAUAUUGAGAGGGGUGACAAGAUUGAUGAGAAUGUGCAGAGGGAGAUCAUCAAUCACCGUUCUCUCAGGCAUCCAAACAUUGUUCGCUUUAAAGAGGUAAUUUUGACACCAACCCAUCUGGCAAUAGUGAUGGAAUAUGCAGCAGGGGGAGAGCUCUUUGAACGCAUUUGUAACGCUGGCCGCUUUAGUGAAGAUGAGGCCCGUUUCUUCUUUCAACAACUUAUUUCAGGGGUUAGCUACUGUCAUUCUAUGCAAAUCUGUCACCGAGAUUUGAAACUGGAAAACACCCUGCUGGAUGGGAGUCCGGCUCCUCGUCUCAAAAUCUGUGACUUCGGUUACUCAAAGUCUUCUUUGCUUCAUUCUCAGCCUAAAUCCACUGUGGGAACGCCUGCCUACAUAGCCCCGGAGGUUUUAUCAAAGAAAGAAUACGAUGGCAAGGUUGCAGAUGUGUGGUCAUGUGGCGUAACACUGUAUGUCAUGUUAGUGGGAGCCUAUCCGUUCGAGGAUCCAGAUGAUCCAAGAAAUUUCAGAAAGACAAUUGGGCGCAUAUUGAAUGUGCAAUACACGAUUCCAGAUUAUGUUCAUAUCACUGCAGAAUGCCGUCACCUUCUAUCAAGAAUUUUUGUCGCAGAUCCUGCCAAGAGAAUCACAAUUCCAGAGAUCCGAAAUCACGAGUGGUUUCUGAAGAACUUACCCGCAGAUUUGGUAGAUGCAGCAGACACUAGUAAGAGCAGUAAUGGGGAUGAUGAGGGAGGGGAGGAAGGGGAUGAAGGAUCUCCUCAAACUCAGAACAUCGAUGAGAUAAUGAGGAUCAUAGCAGAGGCCAGAAUUCCUGCACCGGGAUUAGGGCUGAGGCAAUACUUUGGAGAUAGCCUUGACCUAGAUGAUAUGGAUUUCGAAAAUGAUGCCGACCUCGAUGUUGAUAGUAGUGGAGAGUUCGUCUGUGCAAUCUAAAGCUUUCUUUCCUUACCACGUGGCCUCAAUUGGGGGUUUCUGUUAUGCUUCUUUCUGCAUUAUCUUGUUUCAGGCUUCUGUGAUCAAAAUCAUGGCUAACCUAAAUCUGUGCACUGUACACUCUUAUGACGCAAUAAAGAAAAGUGCUGCUUUUUCUGUAA